AUGACGAACAUAACGCAGACGCUGUCGAGCCUCUUCGAGGAGAUGAUGGGCGGAGAAGAGAACAGAAGUGACGUCAGCGUAGCGAAGUUGAUGACAGCCCUGAAGAAACCAAACAACGAUACAUUUGAUUUUGGAACGCUAGUGAAGUUAGUCGACGGUUGGCGCACGAAGUUGAAUUUGAGCAAGACGGACUGCGACUAUUGUGAUGGCUUUCGUGACGUCGUUUUGGCAUAUAAUGGCAUACACGGAUACGUCAGUCUCAUUAUCUGUCUCUUCGGAAGUCUUGCGAACGCCCUGAAUGUGGCAGUACUCACCCGGCGCGACCUCGCCGCGGCGCCCAUCAACAGGCUGCUGAAGUGGCUGGCGGUGGCCGACAUCUUCGUCAUGAUGGAGUACGUGCCGUUUGCUGUUUACAAGUAUAUGAUCCUCCCCGGCCAACGCGAGAUGCCGUACCGCUGGGCGGCGUACCUGCUGUUCCACAUGCACUUCGCCCAGGUCUUCCACACAGCAUCCAUCUGUCUGACCCUGUCCCUUGCAAUCUGGAGAUAUAUCGCUAUCAAAUAUUCGGACAGGAGUCACGUGUUGUGUACAGAGAGGCGAUGCAGUACCGCUAUACUGAGCAGUUUCUUCAUACCGCCCGUACUCUGUAUACCUACGUACUUGGUUUUCGACGUCCACACAGCGAUAGUUUGGGAACAGAACCGUCCCAUUGUUCUGUACCACGUCGACUCUGAUGACGAGGGCCACUUAUACCAGAUCAACUUCUGGGUGCACGCGGUGGUGAUAAAACUACUGCCCUGCUGCAUUCUCACUCUCAUAAGCCUCUGGCUGAUAAAGGAAGUAUACAGCGCGAACGAGCACCAAAAGAAGAUAAGAGUAUACAACGCCUGCCCGAUCAACGAUAAAGCGCAAAAGAGGAAGUGCAAGGGAGACAAAAGAACGAAUAGAACGACGAAGAUGCUCGUUGCGGUUCUCCUUCUCUUUCUAGUGACGGAACUCCCGCAGGGGAUUCUGGGCCUUAUGAGCGGGCUCCUAGGGCGAUGUUUCUUCAAACGCUGCUACAAUCUGUUCGGGGAGAUAAUGGACGCUCUCGCUCUGAUGAACGGCGCGAUCAACUUCGUGCUGUACUGCUGCAUGUCGCGUCAGUUUCGCCUGACGUUCCGCCAUCUUCUGUGGCGCGCCAAGAUACAAAGAUGGCCGCCGCCGCAGCCCUCGCACUCGGACGGACUUCAUACAGCGAAGACGUCGGUUCCAUGAAACAAGACGACACAGGAGAAACACGUUGUGUUUGUUAUGCAUCAGUUUGUGUGAAGUUACUGUAAAUCCUCGCUGACCAAUAAGAAGGCUCAAAUGGCCCGUUAUUUGCCUACUAACCAAUGGGGGGUCGAUAUUCGAAAUAUGCAAUUCGCUGAUAGGUCAAUUUACUGUGCUCCAAAGAAUCGAAGUCAAACAAAAUACCUAGCAAUAUUCCUCAGAGUUAAUUCACAUUGAAAAUAGACGCGUGGAUGCGAUGUAUUUGAAUUUUGAUAAGCCAUUAAUGGUACAUCUUUUUGUGUAGUAAAUAAUAUUCAUAUUUCAAUGGAAUCUUAAAAUUCAUCGCAUUGCGUUAACGAGUAACGUGGGAAUGUGAAUUUACCCUUAUUCCUCGAAGUCUUGAAGUUGACAUCACUAGGUCAACCUAUAGCUUCGCCAAAAUGCAAGUUAAAUACAGGUGUAACAAAACAAAGU